AUGCAAAAUGGCUGCCAGUCUCUGGUUUAUGCACAUUUCCCUUUAAAGAAGAAAAAAAAAGCGAAACCGUGUGUUUGGAAUUUAUUGUGUUUUGUUUAGCAUUUGCGUCUCUUUAUUUUGUGUAUUAUCGUUAAUUUUUUUUGUACUGGAUUUACCUUGUAUGCCUCAAAUCGCUGGAUUAUAGCACAGUUGCACUUUAUAAGAGAGAAGGAGCAAGAAAGGGAAGAACAGUUAAUGGAAGACAAGAAAAGGAAGAAAGAGGAUAAAAAGAAGAAAGAAGCUGCUCAGAAGGUCACAGAACAAAAAACCAAAGUGCCCGAAGUGACGAAACCAAGUUCAAGCCAAGCGACGGCCGCCAGCCUUCCUGGCAGCUCCCCCUCGCCACCAGUCAAUGGUGGCAACAAUGCCAAAAGGGUGGCAGUGCCGAACGGACAACCGCCCAGCACCGCCCGCUACAUGCCUCGGGAGGUGCCACCGCGAUUCCGCUGCCAGCAGGACCACAAAGUGUUACUGAAGCGUGGGCAGCCCCCUCCGGCAUCCUGUAUGCUUCUGGGGGGAGGAGCAGGGACUCCCCCUUCCUCCACUGCACCAGGGGCCGGCCCAGGCAACGCACAGCCAGGGGUGGGAUCACUGCUGUCGGGGGAAAGUGUGCCCGCAACAGAUUCAUUGUCGGGGGCAGCUGCUACUUCAAAUUAUGCAAAUUCCACUUGGGGCUCAGGAGCCCCCUCCAGCAGCGGCCCAAACGCAACUCCCCACCACGCCUGGGACAAAGUGAUUGUAGACGGGUCGGACAUGGAAGAGUGGCCUUGCAUAGCCGGCGUGGACGCAGAGCCCCCUUCCGACAACGCCACAGACAACAACAGUGCCUCGAACCCAGCCUUGGAGAAGGGACCCCCUCAAGGAAUUGCCACUAACCAUAAAGGAAGGGGGGGCCAGGGCCAGCAACAGCAGCAACCUGGCAGCGAAUGUAUCCAGGGGGUGUGGAAAUCUGACCCCAAGGCUAAGCCCGUCCCGUCUUCCAACCCUGCUGCAGAGGGUGUCAAUAGACUGGGAAACUGGAGGAGCGUGGGUGGGCCUGAGAGAACUGGGCCUGCCUCUGGUUUCAGUAACUUUAACCCAAAUACCAACCCGUCGGCCUGGCCGGCCUUGGUCCAGGAAGGCAGCAGGAAAGGGAACCCGGAGCCAGAUGGCAGCUUCUCCAGCGCACAGCUUGGCCCCACGGGUCCGACCUCUCGGGAGCAGCAGUCAAAGAUGGAAAAUGCGGGUGCCAGUUUCAACGCCUCAGGCAGGGAGCCGGCCACAACCCAUCACACUGACGGACCAAAAAAUGGAAACACUAACUCUACAAACUCGAAUACUUCAAACCCCCCUGAGAACAAGGGAACUGCCUUUGGGUCAGGGGAUACCUGCCGGGGGAAUGACCCCCUUGCUCAAAGCACUGGAGAUAGAAAGAAUGGGGGGGUGGGCUCAUGGGGGGCAUCAAGGGGUCUAUCUGCUACAGGAGAUGCAACCUGUGGACAUGGCAACUCCGGGAAUAAUGGACGAGAGAGGGAGGAUGCAAGGAAGGCGUCUUCAUCUCAUAGGCCCAAUGGGUCAAGGGGGGAAUCUUGGGAAAAUAAAAGUGGUGGUAAUGGGUCUUGGGGCUAUGGCCAACAGGCAGACCCCAGCGAAAUUAAGUGGGGUGAAGGGAACACAUUGGGAGCAGGAGGAGUGUCUCAGGGAGAAUGGAAGUCACAGGCUGGGCAUGAGGACUUAAAGGUGGUAGAAUGGGGCGGUUCAAGUCAAGGAAAUUCUAGCACUGGAGCAUGGGACAAUCAGAAGGGUCACUCGCUAUCGGAGAACCAGGGCAACACGCCAUCAGCGGCCUGCUGGGGCCGGGCCCCCAGCUCUGCAGGAAGCGAGGCCGGGGGCCAAAGCACUGGAAGCAACCCCAAGGCUGGAGGAAGUGGAGACAGUCUGAACUCCUGCAAUAGACGUUCACACAGAUCUGCCCUCCCAGACAGUCAGGUUGUCCUGCAGACACUGCUGAACCGGACUGACUUGGAUCCUCGAGUACUCUCCAAUACUGGCUGGGGUCAAACAAAGAUCAAGCAGGAUGCUGCAUGGGAGACAGAGGAAGUGAUAUCUCGACCUGAGGGCAAAGCAGACCGUGGGACUGAGGGUUGGGAGAACAUAUCUCAAGCCAAGAGCUCAGGGGGUUGGGGCGAUGCCCCCAGCCAAAGCAAUCAAAGUAAGUCUGGCUGGGGAGAGCCCCCUACCACAGCCCCUUCUACCCAAGAAUGGAAGGAUGCCAAAGCAACUGGCUGGAAUGACUAUAAAAAUAGCCCAACUGGUUGGGGUGGUGUGCGACAAGAGGAAAAGACAGGGCCUGGGUGGAACAAUGACAAUGGUGCAAAUGCAGAGCAAGGAUGGAGUACUCGCCAGCCUAAUUCUGGAAGUGGGUGGUCUUCAGGAAAGAAUGGCUGGGGAGGAGGUAAUGAGGAGAUUGAGCCUCCCAAAGGACCUGGGGGCUGGGAUGGCUCAGGAAAUAAAUCCUCUUCUGGCUGGGGGGAGGCGGGACAUAAUGAUGUUGGUUCUUGGGGCAAUGGACCUAGCUCUAACCCAGCUCAGCGAAGUGGCUGGGAGGAGAACAAAAGGCCCCAAGGAGGAGGAAGUUGGGGUGAGGCAGCUAGACCCCCACCACCACCAUGGAAUAAGCAGCAGGAAGCAACACCAGCCACAGCAUCUCCUGGUUCUUGGGGCCCUCAAGCACCACCUCCCUCUGGUAAUGGACGGCCACAGCCCACUCCAGGCUGGAAAGGUGGUCCCCAGCCUGCAGUUCCCAAGGAUGAGGAGCCAAGUGGGUGGGAAGAACCAUCCCCCCCAUCAAUUGGUCGGAAAAUGGACAUUGAUGAUGGAACAGCUGCUUGGGGUGAUCCCAGCAACUACAACUACAAGAACGUCAGCCUGUGGGACAAAAACGCGCAAGGGAAUCCUGGGCAAAUGUCACGGGAGCAGGGAAUGCAGGGGUCUUUAGCCAGCAAGGCUGCACCAUCAGUUUGGAGCAAAAAUAAAGGUCCAUCAGCUGACAAUGGAACAUCAGCAUGGGGAGAGCCAACUGAACCAGCUACAGGUUGGGGGGAAGGAGAAGAAGGUGGACCCCCGAACCCUGGAUGGGGUAAUGCACCACCUGUAGCUCCCAGUGCCAUGAAAGCUGGUACAAAAUCUAUGCAAGACAACUGGGGUGAAACUGAAGGGCCAGUGACAGGGAAUCGUCACGGUAGCUGGGAUGAAGAAGAGGAAGGUGGCGUCUGGAACAGUGCAGGAUCUCAGGGAAGUGGCUCCUCUCACAAUUCUGCAGGGUGGGGCCAAGGAGGAAAGAAACCACAGAUCAAGGGUCCCUUGAAAGGGGGAAACAAUGAUUCCUGGAUAAACCCAUUGUCCAAACAGUUCUCGAACAUGGGAUUGCUGAGCCAAGUGGAUGACCCCUCUGCUAGUAAGAUGGACCACCCUGUUGGUGGGCUUCCGGAAAAGAAGUUUGAGGCAGACAAACGGGGUGUGAAUCUCGGGGAUUUCAAUGACAUGAUGCGGAAGGACCGGUCUAGCUUCCGUCUGCCCAAUUCCAAAGAGAUGGGAGCCGCAGACAGCGGGCCUUAUUUUGAGAAGCUGACUUUGCCUUUCUCCAAUCAAGACGGGUGCCUUGGGGACGAGGCUCCGUGCUCUCCCUUUUCUCCCUCCCCCAGCUACAAGCUAUCUCCCUCCGGCUCCUCGAUCCCCUCCAUGGGCCUGGGGGCUAUCGGUUCGGGUCUCAACCCCCAAACCUUCGCUGCUAGACAAGGUGGCAAUCAUGGUCUGUUUGGGAACAGCGGUGCACAAUCGCGAGGCAUGCACAACCCCGUGCCAUCGCUCAACUCCUCUCCCAACCUUCGGGCCCAAGUGCCUCCCCAGUUUCUUUCUCCCCAGGUCUCAGCCUCCAUGCUGAAGCAGUUCCCUAAUAGUAAUAUGAGCCCCGGGUUGUUCAACAUGGGACCCCAACUCUCUCCUCAGCAGAUUGCGAUGCUGAGCCAGCUCCCCCAAAUCCAGCAGUUCCAAUUGGCAUGCCAGCUUCUCCUGCAGCAGCAACAGCAGCAGCAGCAGCUGCUUCAGAACCAGAGGAAGAUAUCACAAGCAGUCAGGCAGCAACAGGAGCAGCAGCUGGCACGAAUGGUAAGUGCCCUUCAGCAGCAGCAGCAACAGCAAAGGCAGCCAGGAAUGAAGCAUUCUCCUUCCCAUCCUGCUGGACCCAAGACUCACAUAGAUCCUGUAGGACUCCCAGAUAUGCAAGGCAAGGGUCAUAUCCCUGGAUAUGGCUCUGGAUUUGGCUCAAGCGGCAUGGAUUAUGGUAUAGUGGGUAAGGAAGCUGGGGCAGAGUCUCGUUUCAAACAGUGGACAUCCAUGAUGGAUGGAAUGCCCUCAUCCAUGCCCCAAGAUGCCAGCUUGCAGAAGAAUGGCUCUAUCCCCCCUCCUGUAAAGAAUCGUGGUGGUUCUCCUUACAACCAGUUUGACAUGAUGUCUGGGGAAUCUGUUGGAUUGCAUGGUGGGCCAGCCAGUGAGAGCUGGUUACCUGCCAAAUCCCCACCUUCAAGCAAAAUUGGAAGUAAAUCAAUCAAUGCCAGCUGGCCUCCAGAAUUUCAGCCUGGUGUGCCAUGGAAAGGGAUCCAAAAUAUUGAUCCAGAAUCAGAUCCGUAUGCUACCCCUGGCAGUGUGCUAGGGGGUCCCGCCCCAUCUCCCAUCGUAGAUACUGACCACCAGCUACUGCAGGACACCCCCACAGGGUCCAAUUCUUCCCUCAACACCUCGCUGCCUUCACCUGGUGCCUGGCCCUACAGUGCCUCUGAGAAUAUCCACAGCACUUCAGCACUCUCAGCAAAGUUUGGGGACUACAAAUCCGCCUGGUCACCAGACCCUAUAGGACACAAUCCGUCACAUCACUCUAACAAGUGGAAGAACCCAAUGUCCAGGAACAGCCCUGGGUUGCCUCGCCCCCCUCCAGGGCUCACUAACAACCCCAAAUCCACCAACUCCCCCUGGAACAGCACAGCCCCCCGAUCUGUCAGAGGUUGGGGGGGACAAGACUCCAGAAUUGCAUCUGCAUCUACUUGGAGUGAUGGAGGAUCUGUGCGUCCAAGCUACUGGCUGAUCCUGCUAAAUCUAACACCACAGAUCGAUGGAUCCACUCUACGGACGAUCUGCAUGCAGCAUGGUCCCCUGUUGACAUUCCAUCUCAACCUCACCCAGGGCACAGCCCUGAUCCGAUACAGCACCAAACAGGAGGCAGCCAAGGCUCAAAACGCUCUGCACAUGUGCGUUUUGGGUAAUACAACCAUCCUGGCAGAGUUUGCAACGGACGAGGAGGUGAGCCGUUACCUUGCACAAGCUCAACCCCCAGCUCCCUCUGCCCCGGGUGCAGGCUGGCAGCCCUUGGAAGUGGGACAGAAUCACCAGGCUGAACCUGUAGGGCCAGCCUUGAACCUUUUUGGAGGGACCACUGGGCUUGGGCAAUGGAGCAGCGGCGGUGGUAGUAGUGACCUGGCAGGUGUUUCACUCUGGGGAACUCCCAGCUACACAUCAAGCUUGUGGGGGGUGCCCAGCACAGAGGAUGCUCACAGGAUGGGCAGCCCUGCCCCAUUACUACCCGGCGACCUUCUGGGAGGAGGGACCGACUCGAUAUAAACUUUGAACUUUCAACUCUGACCUCGUGACCUUUCAGAGCAGCAGCACUAACUUGACAUUUUUGUGUUUUUUUUUGUUUUGUUUUGUUUUUUUCAAACUGGCAAUAAAUACUUUUUUUUUCUUUUUUUUUUUUUAAACAAAAAAAGGAAAAAAAAAAAAAAAAAAAGAAA